AUGCCACCACUGGCAUAUCCUACACCAGAGCCGACAGACUCACCCAGUUCUCGCGACGAGUCCCGCAAGCGAACGUUUGAAGACGACGCUGUCAUCGCUGCACCUCUCCAACCAAAACCAAAGAAGCAGAAGGUGUCUGUCCGGUGUGGGGACCUAUGCUAUCCGGUUUCUUACUACACUCGGCACCAACCUCGUCCUUUAGCCGGUUCAGAGCGUGAGGCUAUCAACGCCUUGGGCAUUGUCUGGAACUCACAGGACCGCUCCUCGCAUGAGUAUAAUAUAUGGAUGCUGGACAACUUCAGCAUAUACCGCGAAAGCACCGACUACCGACAUGCCCACGAACUUUGUCCUUUACACUACCUCAAGACCGAGAGCGGCGUGAACGAACUCCUGUUUGACGGAACUCUCAGCAUUGAUGGUGAAGCAGAGCGACAUGUCCAAGGUGUUCCAUUCGACUGUCUGGCCAUGGAGGGCUACGGAGAUGCAAGUGACACUGUUUCCGCCUGCAUACAAACAACCCUAGGCCGAAAGGCAAAAGUCUGGUAUCAGUUAGGGUCUCCUGCAAAGGAGUAUACUCGUUACCAUGAUCCUUUCCUUUGGGUCUCAAGAUUUACCAGGUAUGUGGUAGACUUUCUCGAGGAAUCCGAGCAACCUGUCACCUUGAGUCUGUUUCGACGAUCUUUCUGUCCCUACCUGGUGCACAGGCAUGGAACAUCUUCCGCUACCAAGCACUGGUUGGAGCAACACAAAUCACGCGACUUUGGUCAGGCGUUUUGCGCCAAUCUCGGUUUCAUCAUCAAGGAAUGCUACAGUCUGAACGAUCAACUUCUUGACCAGCCUGUGUUCGGAGAAACAGAUACCAAGCAGCUGAAAGCCAUUCCCAUGGAGAACAGCGCAUACGAUAAAACAGUUGUAACUCCAUUCGUGUUCGAUCUCUUCCGCAAGAUGCCUUUCCAUACCCAGAUGCAAGUCCUAUCCGACGUCAGCCUUGUUGCCUCGCGAAAGCAGAAAACGAGAAGAACUGAGUUGGGCCUCACGCCACUAAACUGUCGUCCAACCGCCACGCCAACAGCUCAACCCUCCCAAAGAGCAGUUCGGAAAGGGGACGUGGUUAGUAUCGCCGCGGACACGCAGAAUCAAUGGAGAUACUCAAUUGGCGUUGUGUGGUACGCAUACGUACAAGAUAUUCGAUCUUUGAGGUCAGGCGCGCAUAAAAUCGAUGUUCUAUGGCUAUACGAGCCGUCCGAUACUACGCUGGGCCACGGGUAUUAUCCGUACAAGAAUGAGUUGUUCAUGAGUGACAACUGCGCUUGUGGAAAGGAUUCUAUUGACGUUGGGCUUAUCCAGUCGAUUGUUCCAGUCAAGUGGUUUGUCACUAACCCGGAGGAGUUCCAAGAUUGCUUCUUUGUAAGACAAAAGUUCAGAACGGAGCCAACACUUGGAGCAUAUGACUUUGUGCAACUCCAAGAAUCAGACUUUAGUUGUGGAUGUAGCAACACCGAGACAGACAUGGACAAAGUCAGGCGAGAGUCUGCACCUGGAGACACAGUGCUGGUUUAUCGGCUCAUUACUGGCAAGGAGUCGUUGGAGCCUGCCAUCGUUCGUGGCUUCGAAGCCAAUACCGUUACUCUACAGGCCUUCCUCCGCUGUCAGCGUGAUCUAGGCGACAAGCAGGCAGCUCCUAAUCAGCUUAUUUUGACAGACAGCAUGUUCAAUCUUGAGCCAGAUUGCGUCACUCGUCGUUGCAGAGUUACUACCUUCGCCAGUUCCAAGGAUAUCAAAACACCUUACGAUCGCAAUGGAGCAGGCGACCUCUGGUAUGUCAUCAGCCCUUCGGCUCCCGUGUGGAAUUUCGUUAACCACGAGACCACUGCGGAGAGCAAACUUAAGGGCAUGGGGAUCUUUUGUGGAAGCGGAUCAUUUGAUAGAGGCCUUGAAGAAGGUGGAGGUAUCGAGUUCAGAUGGGGCGUCGACUGGGCUGAAAGGGCUCUCCACUCCUACAGAGCCAAUGCAGGAGAGCCAGAGAAGCUGAAUCUUUUCCUCGGUAGCGUCAACGACUAUCUCGGCAAAGCCAUACAGGGUACAAAUGACAGUCGUAUCGCCACUGUUGGGGAUGUCGAUCUCCUAGCAGCAGGGUCUCCGUGUCCAGGCUUCUCGGUCCUCCAGCGAGACCGAAACAGUGACCGAUCGCUACGGAAUUGCUCUCUUGUUGCCUCGGUGUGCUCAUAUGUCGAUUUCUACACACCGACGUACCUCGUACUAGAAAACGUCAUUGGUAUGGCAAGGAACCCUGGAAAUGCUAAAAGCCUGAAUGUUUUCUCGCAGGUUCUGUGCUGUCUUGUGAGCAUGGGAUAUCAAACGCAGCAGCUGCUCAUGGAUCCCGGCCAUUAUGGAUCCUGCCAGUCUCGACAACGCAUUUUCAUUCUUGCGACAGCACCAGGCCACCAGGCUCCAAGCCACCCACCUCAGACUCACACCUGCGAGGAACCAGAGACCUAUGCGAGGGCAAUCGGCUAUGCUUCUAAUGGGCUCCCCUUUGGAAAGCGUAAGUACGAUGUCUGUCCGUUCGUUUCUUUGAAUGCAAAGGAAGCGUUCAAGGAUCUUCCUGCCAUCGGCGAGAGCCAUGUGCAGACAUGUAUCGCAGCGCCAGACCAUCGCACUUGCAGGCAUGAAGAAUCUCAGAAGCGAGCACUGAUUCAGAUGGUGCCUCGAUGGCCAUACGGACAAGGCUUUGUCCAAGCUGUGGCCAAAGGCAAAAUGUCGCAGAACUUGAUAUCAAGUUACGCCUGGCAAAACAAGAACCGCGCUGGUCAGAACAGCAAAUCUUGGGCACGUAUCUACCCGAAUCGUCUGGUUGGUUGUCUCACCACCGACAUCAAACCCCAUGACUCGUUUCUUGGCCGUACUCUGCACUAUGACCAGCAUCGCACCAUUACUGUAAUGGAAGCUCGUCGGGUUCAGGGCCUGCCUGAUAACGAAGUCAUUUUAGGCACUCCGAGUCAGCAGUGGAUGCAAUUAGGUAAUGGAGUAGACCGCAAAGUUGCCUUUGCUCUCGGAUUGCAAAUUGCCAAUGCAUGCCGCAGUACUGUGGCUAUGGGAGGAGGAGACAGCACCAGUGAGGUGUUUCACACGCGCACAUCAGCAGGGCCCUCCAACAAUGUUCUCGUCUCUCAGGCCGUGGUCCAAGAGGUUCCAGUGAACCCGAGUCAACAAGGAAGGUGGAAGCGUGCAAUAGAGUAUAUCAUCAUAGACUGA